CAUCACUUUACAGAUUGAUCUUUUUUCUUUUCUUUUCUUUCUUUCUUUCUUUUUCUUUUUAAGGCAAAAACAAAAAUAUCAGUCUUUUGAUUCAAUUCUAUAACCAACCUACCAACGAACAAAUUGAAACAUUCUCCUGUCCUCCCUCGCCGAUCACGGGUCAAGUCGUCUGAUCUAGCCUCUAACAAAAACAACAACAAUAAUGCCAGACGACAAAACAACCCCUGACAAACAGCGUACCCCCGCAUGGAAAAAACUGGGCCUUAAGUUGAAAAGCACACAAGAGAAUGGUGAUGGCGAACGCGAACGCGAACACGAACGCGGACAUAAACACAAGCACAAUCCCGAUGGCGACGAACAGCGAGACGCAGAUCCAGCAACAGGAGGAGACGGCAAUGACGAGGGAAAGAAGCGAUCGAGUAAGAAGCGGAGACUCGAUGCUAAGGAGGGUGAGGGGGAUUUUAAGAAGAAGAAGAAGGCGAAGAAAGAGGAUUCUGUUGUUGAUCACGAUGGUGUUGGUGUAUCUUCAGAUUCGGGGGCGAAGGAGGUAGUAGAUGCUGAUGGCUCUUCGGCUGUAUUGGAUGGGAAACAGGGCCAGGAGGAGGGGUAUAUUGUGAAUGGGAGCGGGAAGAAAGAGCAGACGAAGAAGAAAGAAAAGGAGAAGAAGAAAAAGAAAGAUUCGAAAGAUGCGAAAGAUGUGAAUGUGACAGUGGAAAAAACAAAGACGAUCCACGAAACUCCCGUCCUCUCCUACCUGAGCCGAUACCACAACAAUCGAGCAGAGUGGAAGUUCCAGAAGAGCCGCGAGGUUCAUCUUUUCAAGCACAUUCUGUCGCUUGAACAUGUGCCUGCACGGUACAAUGCGGCGCUUCUGGCAUACCUUAAGGGAUUGAGGAGUGAAGGUGCUAAACAGCGGUUAAGUGAAGCUGCGGCAGGGGUCAUCAAGGCUGAUAUUGAAGGAAAGGCCACACUGGAUGGGAACACGGAUACGGACGCCGACAAAGAGAAGGACAAUACGGCAGCGGAGGAGUCUGCUAAUGAUGUAUCUCGCUCGAGUCUGGUCUACUCUGCCACCAUCGAAGCAUUCAGGAAAUGGUUGCCGGAUGCCAGAGAAGAUUUCGAUAAUACCGACAUCUCGGGUUCCGCAGAGAUGGACGACGGUCUACGACAACGGCUUGAGAAGAGAAAACGUGCGGAACUUAUUUGGUUUGCUGUCAAUGGCGAAAAGCUGUAUGAGAUUAGCAAGCCGAUGACGAAGAAAGCGAAUCGUAAUGGCGCGCAGAACCAGCCUGGUAAGAAGAAGAGGAAGAAUCGGACGGUUAUUGUGGAGAUUUCGAGCAGCAGUGAGAGUGAGAGUGAGAGUGAGAGUGAGAGCAGUAGCAACUCUAGCUCCAGUGACUCUUCUAGUGAGAGUGAUGAUUCGUCUUCAUCGUCGUCUUGAAUUGCAGUGCAGCAUGAUACGGAUGGCAAUUUGUUUACUUUUGUCUUGCUACUAGUUCUUGCUGCUGCGUUAUAUUAUAGGACUAAGUCUGUCUUUAUCCGGUGAAUUACUAUAUACCCGAAUGGCAUAAGCAUCUAGAAUAAUAGCAUAGGAACUCCCA